GUAAUAUACACCUUUACAUGUAGCGACCUAAAUAAGAAACCGAACUACCCGCGUCACUGCUUCACUGCUUUUUCACACUGCGUGACCAGCACAUCUCAAUUGCGGGAUUCGCUGAUACAAGACUAGGUCCAAGCAGGCGCUUCCUCAGUGAGCGGGUGUUUUGAGUUCAGCGGGUCGAGCUAGCGGGGCACUAUUGCACCGUGUAGGUGGUGGAAGGAGGAUAAUGACAAAGCAUAAACGCCGAGAGCUGCCCAGUGCGGUCCACGAUGGAGAGGAGUAUAAACCAGGGGACUGCGUGCUAAUCAACCCGGACGCCUCUGCGCCCGCCUACAUUGCACGGAUCCGGAAGCUCAUACAGAUCGGCGCGGAGCCAGAGCAGGUGGAACUGGAGGUGACCUGGUUCUACCGACCAGAGGAGGCCAUCGGGGGGCGCAAGGCCUUCCACGGCGAGGCGGAGGUGUUCGACUCUGACCACCAGGAUAAAGCACCACUAGCUGCCAUCCUGGGUCGCUGCAACGUACACAACGUGUCACGGUAUGAGUCGCUAGAACGGCGAGACGAGAACGACUUUUUCUGCCGCUUCACAUACAAGCCCCGCACCAAGCAGUUUGAGCCGGAUCGCGUGCCAGUGUACUGCGUAUGCGAGCUGCCAUACAACCCAGACAGGCCGAUGAUCAACUGCGACAACUGCGACGAGUGGUACCACCCGCAGUGCCUGGGCCUUGGCCAGCACGUGCUGCAGCAGGACCACUUCGUGUGCCCUACUUGCACCACGCCGCAGCAGCCCGCCAAGAAGUCCCGUCCUGGGGCAUGAUGUGGCGUGCCCGGCAGGCAGCUGCUGAACAGGUCGUGCCAGCAGGACCGCAUCUGGCUGCCAUGCGGCCGUGUAUGUCCGGAGCGUUGGUUAGCACACGUUUUGUAGCUGGGCUGGGCUGGGUCGCAGUUGGUACCUGGUACGCGAAACAGUCGGCUAUGGGCGUGCAGUUUGGGCAGGAGGUGCGAAAGGUGCAGUUAACGUUGGUGUGCACUUAUCGGUAGGCGCAUGGUGUGUUUCCUUGAAUGAUGCCGAAUGAUGCAAGCUUGACAUGAGUGAGAUGUGCAUAUGGACGGCAACUACGCAGGGUUGCAGCUCCACAAUGCUGAAAUUCUGUCCUGCAAGCUUUGCUGCUACGUGCGUGUUUAUGUGAUCGAAGAGCUAUUCAAGCAAGCAGAGGCGGAGGCGGAGGAGGACGACGAAGUAGUGCUGGUGGCGGUGCCGACCGCAGAGCUGCAGGCUGCUCGAUAAACCGGGCACACAGGAAGUUUCGUGUGCGGCAGGCACAGGUUGUUCGUGGGCGGGCAGCAAGGCAUGACUCAUUGGAAGACGGAGUCGGCAGGGAGUAGGCGCAGCCGCCCUAGACGCUCACCGCGCUCACCCCUGUUAUUGACGUGCGUGCGUGAACUAAUGCGUACGUAGACCAGAGCGGAAGGCGGAGUGGGCUUGCAGGCGGCACGAGAGCAGGCAGUCAGUUGCGCAAGUUACGAAUUCACAUGUUACCUCGUAACCGACGGUAAACGCUGUGGACGUGUGGGCUGGCUGACGGAAGGCGGCUGCUGUAUUGGAAUGGCUGGGCUGGGCGACGGCGGCCGGGCUGCUGGCGUUGGGACUACCAGAAAGGAUGCGCCCGAAACCAACCUGGA